GGAAGUGGCGGAGGGGAAGCGGCGGCGCUGAGGGGCCCGAGCGGGACCGGACCGGGAACCGGGAUUGGGAUCGGGAAUUGGGACCGGGAAUUGGGAUCGGGAAUCGGGACCGGGAGCCGGAGCCGGCCGCGGGAACGCCCCCCGCGCCUGCCGCAGCCAUGGGGGACAUGAAAACCCCAGACUUCGACGACCUGUUGGCCGCCUUCGACAUCCCGGACAUCGACGCCAACGAGGCCAUCCACUCGCACCACGAGGAGCCCGAGGCGCACGGGAAGCAGCUGCCGGGCGAGGCGGGCGCGGCAGUGGCGGCGCCGGAGCACGUGCUGCCGCACGCCGACAUCUCGGCCGUCAGCGUCAUCGUCAAGAACACCGUGUGCCCCGAGCAGCCCGAGGGCCCCGAGCCGCGCGCCAAGGACGGGCACGGCGCCGCGCCGCGCCUGCUGCAGAACGGCUUCGGCGCCCCCGACGCGCCCCGCGAGCCCGGCGCCGCCGAGGCCGCUGCCAACGGCGAGUGCUGGGCCAAGGAGAAGAACCCCAAGGCGCUGGAUCUGUUCUCCCAUUUCAGCCCCGACCCCGGAGAGGACGGCGCCAACCUGAUCGACAGGGCGCGGGAGUGCAAAGCCAAGGAGAAGUCGCUGGCCGUGCCCUCGCUGGCGGCGUCCCCCACCCCGUCCCUGGACUGCAAGGAGCCGCUGGGGCAGGGCGCGGAGAGCCUGGAGCUGCGGCACGCCGAGCCGGCGUUCCCGGCGCCCUUCCGGGCGGCAGCACCCGGCGACGGAUCCCACCCCACGGCCUGCGUCAAGAAGGAGGAGUUGGACUCGGAGGAGGCUCCGGCCAGGGGCUGCAGCCCCAAGGGGCUGGUGCUGGAUCACCUCAAGUCCGUCACCGUCCGCUACUCGGCCGAGGGCUCUCCCGUGGCGGCCUGGCCGGCGGCGGAGCCGGCAGCGCUGGAUGCCGGCAGCGCAGCCGAGCUCAAACGCUCGCCCGGGAGCCCUCGCGAGCCCUUCUCCUCCCCGGGAAUCCCCAUCCCGCCUUCCCCCAGGCGGCUCUCCCUGAAGGAAGAGCGGGAGAUGCUGGGGAAAUCCGUGGGGAGCCCUCCGAGCGUUUCCAGCGGGGAGGAGGAUGAGGAGGAGGAGGAGGAGGAGGAAAACACCAACUCGCCGUCCUCCAGCUCCUCGCGGCCGCUCAAGGUGCGCAUCAAGACCAUCAAAACCUCCUGCGGCAGCAUCACCAGGACGGUCACCAGGGUGUCCUCGGACUCGGAGCCGCCCUCUGCCAAAGCCCCCGGUGGGCAGAAUUCCCAGGAGCCCUCGGAGUGCCCGGCCGGCGGCGCAGCGGAGGCGGCGCAGGAGCGGUCGGAGCUCUGCAGCCCUCCGAAGAGCGCGGAGGGGCCCAAGAUCGUCAGCGUGCAGCUGGGCAACGGCACCAAGCUGAAGGGCACGGUGCUGCCCGUGGCCGCCAUCCAGAGCGCCAGCAGCGCCAUGCUCAUCGCCGCCAGCGUGGCCCAGCAGAAAUCCGUGGUCCUGCCGGGGAAAUCCGGGAAAUCCGUGGCUAAAAACAUCCUCAGCCUGGUGCCGCAGCCGCUCCCCAAGGGGGACGGCCGGAGCAACGGCGGCGCCAAGGCCAACGGCGGCGCGGCGGCGCCCAAAGCGGCGCCCGGCGUGGCCGGCACCGUCAUCUCGCGCAGCCAGUCCAGCCUGGUGGAGGCCUUCAACAAGAUCCUCAACAGCAAGAACCUGCUGCCCACCUACAAGCCCAACCUGAGCCCGCCGGCCGAGUCCAGCCUGGCGCUGCCGCCCGCCGGCUACCGCUGCCUGGAGUGCGGCGACGCCUUCGCGCUGGAGAAGAGCCUGGCGCGGCACUACGACCGGCGCAGCAUGCGCAUCGAGGUCACCUGCAACCACUGCACCAAGCGCCUGGUGUUCUUCAACAAGUGCAGCCUGCUGCUGCACGCCCGCGAGCACAAGGACAAGGGGCUGGUGAUGCAGUGCUCGCACCUGGUGAUGCGGCCCGUGGCGCUGGAGCAGAUGAUCGGCCAGCCCGACGUCACCCCGCUGGCCUCGCUGGCGCUGCCGCCCGCCAAGGCGGCGCAGGACGGCGGCGGCGCAGCGCAGGAGCCACCGGUGCUGCCGCUGGGCGCCGAGCAGAGCAGCUACAGCUGCUUCAGGUGCCUGGAGUGCAAGGAGCAGUGCAAGGACAAGGCCGGGCUGGCGGCGCACUUCCAGCAGGUCGCCGUGGCCACCAGCAGCAGCAGCACGGUGUGCUCGGCGUGCCCCAUGAUCCUGCCCAACCGCUGCAGCUUCGGCGCGCACCAGCGCAUGCACCGCAGCCGCCCGCCCCACGUCUGCCCCGAGUGCGGCGGCAACUUCCUGCUGGCCAACUUCGAGGGGCACCUCAAGGAGUCCUGCCUGCACUUCUCCCGCAGGGUGGGCUACAGGUGCCCCAGCUGCUCGGUGGUGUUCGGCGGCGUCAAUUCCAUCAAGUCGCACAUCCAGAGCUCGCACUGCGAGGUGUUCCACAAGUGCCCCAUCUGCCCCAUGGCCUUCAAGUCAGCGCCCAGCGCCCACGCACACGUCUACACCCAACACCCCGGCUUCGGCAGCCAGCCCUCCAAGAUGAUUUACAAGUGCGCCAUGUGUGACACGGUGUUCACGCACAAGCCGCUGCUGUCGUCGCAUUUCGACCAGCACCUGCUGCCGCAGCGCGUCAGCGUCUUCCGCUGCCCGCAGUGCCCGCUGCUCUUCGCCCAGAAGCGCACCAUGCUGGAGCACCUCAAGAACACCCACCAGCCCCAGAAAUCCAAGGACGACUCUUCCAAGAAAUCCCCGGCCCUGCUGACGCCCAAGCCGGAGCCUCUGGAGACGCCGGUGUCCAAGAAUUCCGAGGAGUCCUCGAGCUCCACGGAGGAGGACGAGCCGCCGAGCUCGCCCGAGCUGCGCAAGGCCAAGCGGAGCCGCUUCCCGCGGAAAUCCGGGAGCAAGGCCAAGGGCAGCGGCUGGAGCUGCGGCGUGUGCCACUCGUGGUUCCCCGAGCGCGACGAGUACGUGGCGCACAUGAAGCGGGAGCACGGCAAGUCGGUGAAGAAGUUCCCGUGCCACCUGUGCGAGCGCUCCUUCUGCUCCGCGCCCAGCCUGCGCCGCCACGUCCGCGUCAACCACGAGGGCAUCAAACGCGUCUACCCCUGCCGGUACUGCACGGAGGGGAAGAGAACCUUCAGCAGCCGCCUGAUCCUGGAGAAGCACAUCCAGGUGCGGCACGGGAUCAAGGUGACCGACCCCGCCCGCAGCCAGGAGGUCGUCAUCGCCCGCGGCCCCCCUGGGCCCGCCCAGGCGCCGGGCCGCAAGCGGAAGCUGUCGUCGGACGAGUCGUGCAGCGAGGAGCCCGACAGCACCACGCCGCCCGCCAAGAGCCCGCGGGCCCGCGCCCCGUUCCGCUGCCGCAAGUGCGGCUUCCAGGCCGGGAGCCGGGCGGAAUUCCAGGCGCACAUCCCGCAGCACCGCACGGACGGGAAUUCCCAGCAGUGCCGCGAGUGCGGCCUCUGCUUCACCUCCCAGGUCUCGCUCAGCCGCCACCGCUUCAUCUCCCACAAGAAGAAGAAGGGAGCCGAGCCCGAGGAUUCCUCGGGGAGCGCUCCCCAAGGCAACGGCGGCGGGAAUUCCGGGAAUUCCGGCGGCGGUGCCGGCACAGCCGAGGGGAAGCUGGAAUGCAAAGUCUGCGGGAGGGGCUUCGAGACCCAGCUCACGCUCAAGACGCAUUUCCGGACCCACGGGAUGGCGUUCAUCCGCGCCCGGCAGGGAGCCGAGGAGAACUGAGCCCUCCCGGGAAUCCCAGAGCCCCCGGCACAGCUCAGCAUUCCCGGGAAUCUCAGUGUUCCUGGAACUCCAGGAUGAGAAGCGAGGAGAACUGAGCCUUCCUGGGAAUCUCAGCAUUCCUGGAGAACUGAGGAGAACUGAGCCUUCCUGGGAAUCUCAGAAUUCCUGGAAUUCCGGGAUCGGCUCCAAGGCCAGGAAUCGGCGCUGUGUACAUAAAACACCCCCAGAGCCCUUCCCGGUGUCCAAGGGAAAGUUGGGAAUUGGGAUUGGGAUGAUCCCAAAUCCCACCGGGAAUCCCCUGGGAAUGUUGGAUUUUGGGGGAAUUUGGGGUUUCCCAGGAAUUCCCAGAUCCGGACGGGGCAGGGGAAGCUUUUCCAGCAAAAUCCACCUUUUUUUGUUAUUAUUUUUCGGGGUUUGUUUGUUUUUCCUGGAUUUUUUCCCCUUUGGGAACGUUCCCGGUAUGUUUUGGUGGGAAGGAGGCGAUUCCAGAGCCCUGGAAUUCCGGAGGUCCCCGGGAAGGACACUUGGACAUGCAGCGGACAUUCCCGAGGAGCAGGAGGAGGAAAAAGGCUGGAAAAAAGGAGAGAAAAGAAGGAAAAGAGAUUUUUCCUUCGGCAAAGGAAUAAUGGCCCAAAAAAACCCAGGAUUGGGAAGGGAUCCGUCAGAUCCUUUUCCUGAAGGAAAAGUGGGAAAACUGCUCCCAGAUUCCAGGCUGAGGGUGAGGUCUGGGAGUUUUUCCAGCUCCUCCUUCUCCUCAGGAUCCAGGACAUUUCCUACUUCCAAUCCCCCCCAAAAAAAUCCUCUGGAAAAGCCCCUCUGGCACCGCUGUUCCCAGAAUUCCUGGAAGAAUUCCUGGGAUUCCCUGUGGACAACCUUCCCCGUUCCCUGUAAAGCUGUAUCAUACACUAAACUCCACCAGUCCCACCAACUGCUGUGCUCAUUCCGGGAUGUGGUUUGGUUUUCCAGGGGGUUUUUUCCCGUUCUUUUGCGUUUUUCGGGACGGCAAAGUUGCUUUGGGGUUGAUUUUUUUUUUUUUUUUUUCCCCUGGGUUUUUAUUCCUGGUUUUUCUGACUUUUUCCAAGCAGGAAUGAGGUGUUCCCCUUUUCCCUGCAGGUGGAUGGAUGGAAAAAACUGGGAAAAAUUAUGUAGAAUCGGCCAUUCCCAAAAAUCUUCCGGGCCGGGUGUAAAUAUAGAGAAGAAAUUAAAGUUUCUACGAGAUUUAGAAGGAAAAAAAUUCCCAAAAAAACUAUGGAAAAAUGGCUUUGGACCCACGGUUUUCCAGCAUUUCAGUGCCUUGAGCUGGAUUUGGGGUGGAGGGAGGGAGGGGCCGGAAUUUCGGGAAUGUCUCUGCUGGGAUUUUGGGGACUUCGGGAAUGUGCUGAUGGAAAGCCGCGGGCUCGAGAGGCUCUCAGGAAUUCUUUAUUCUGUAGGAAUCGACUCCAUUAAACUCCAGUGGUUUCA